GGCACCGCCAUAUUAUUUAGGAGGAGCGAAAUUGCAUCCUACUCGGCUACGAUAUCAAAGAAUCAUCCAUUCAAAUUUCACUGAUGUAGUACUACAGUGUUAGACCUCACUAGCAUGAUCACCGUGCUAGGCAAGUGACCCUAUUACAGUACGCGUGCUUGAUUUUCUGUUCAUUAGCGACAAUACGAAUCGUCAUCUUCAAAGUCCAGUUCCGCUCUUCGGCUUCAAAGCUUUACGCUCUGCGUCCUUGGCAUCCCUCGUGCAACUUGUUUGACAAGACAGCAUGGCAGACAAUGUGGCGCAGUUUCGACCGGCCUCGAGUCUCCAUGACCUUGCCAUGGCCUUUUAUUAUAGAUUCGACCAGCAGGGUGUUCUAUCUGAUCUUGAUAAAGCCAUAGAGCUUCAUCGAGCUGCAUUGCAUCUUCUACCUCCCAUUGAUUUUAAUCGGCCUGUGCUUCUCAACAAUCUUGCUAUUGGCCUUUAUCGCAGAUUCGAGCAGCGAGGUGUUCCGUCUGACCUUGAUGAAGCCAUCGAGAAAAAUCAGGCUGCACUACUAUUCUACCCACUUGAUCGUCCUUAUCGAAUCAAACCUCUUAACAACAUUGCAAACGGUCUUCGAGACAGAUUCCGGCAGUGGGGCGUCCCAUUUGACCUUAAUGAGGCCAUUAAACUCAGUCGGGCUGCACUACUACUCUGUCCACCCGGUCAUCCUGAUCGAUCCAUAUCUCUUAACUGUCUCGGCCUUAGUCUCCGAGAAAAAUUCAAGCAGCGAGGCGUCCCAUCUGACCUUGAUGAGGCCAUCGAGUGCGAUCGAGCUGCACUACUCCUCCGUCCACCCAAUCAUCCUGAUCGUUUUGCUUCUCUCACCAAUCUUUCCCUCGGCCUUCUAGAUAGAUUCAAACAGCGGGGCGUCCCAUCUGACCUCGAUGAGGCCAUCGAGCUCAGUAGGGCUGCACUAUUACUUUGCCCGUCCGAUCAUCCUGAUCGAUCCGUGUUUCUUCACAAUCUUGCCUUUAGCCUUGCAGAAAGAUUCCUGCAGCGGGGCAUCCCGUCUGACCUUGAUGAGGCUAUCGAGCAUAAUCGGGCUGUACUAUUCCUCCUUCCACCCGGUCAUCCUGAACGAUCCUUGUCUCUCAGCAAUCUUGCCCAAAGCCUUGUAGAAAGAUUCACGCAGCGGAAUGUCCCGUCUGACCUUGAUGAGGCAAUUGAACAUAAUCGGGCUGCACUACUCCUCCGCCCCCAUGGACAUUCAAGUCGAUCCAUGUCUCUUAAUAAUCUUGCUACCAGCCUUCAAGACAGAUUUGGGCAGCAUGGGAUCAUGUCUGACGUUGAUGAGGCCAUCGAGCUCCAUCGGGCUGCAUUACUCCUACGUCCUGCUGGCCAUUCAGAUCGAUCCAUGUCUCUUAAUAAUCUUGCUACCAGCCUUCAAGACAGAUUUGGGCAGCAUGGGAUCAUGUCUGACGUUGAUGAGGCCAUCGAGCUCCAUCGGGCUGCAUCACUCCUACGUCCUGCUGGCCAUUCAGAUCGAUCCAUGUCUCUGAACAAUCUUGCACUCAGCCUUCAACACAGAUUCCGACAAUGGGGCGUUCAGUCUGACUAUGAUGAAGUAUUUAGCUUGUACUCUCAACUCUCCCACCUAUCCCAUGCAGCAUCUCGCACAGAUCUCGUCGCUGCCAAGUCAUGGGCGGCCUCCGCCCACGUCCUUAAUCACCCGUCUGUAUUGCUUGCUUAUCAGGUUGCGCUCAAAUUCUUAGACCAGCGAGUCGCUCUCCUGUCGUCUUCUUCUCAUCACUUCGACGUCAUCAGGGAGGCUGUUUCUUCCCUCGCCACAAAUGCUUUUUCCUGCAGUGUUCGUCGUGGUGCGCUGACGACUGCGGUGGAGCUGGUGGAGCAAGGUCGUGCAGUAUUCUGGACCCAAUUGGCACGCUUCCGCACACCACUCGAUGUACUUUCUGUUUCAGGUGACACCGGCGCGGCCCUGGCAGAAGAGUUCAAACGGUUGAGUUUUUGUUUUCGCAACGCGUUCGAUCAGUCUGCCGAAAACCACUCUCCGCAAAUCUGGCAACUGACCAUGCAAUGGGAUGAAGUUGUCUCACGCAUUCGCAUGCUCCCCGACUUUUCACGGUUUCUACUUCCUCCACUGUUUUCUGACCUCCAGAAAGCGGCUGAAGAUGGUCCAGUCAUUAUCCUUAACACUAGUCGGUACAGCUGCGAUGGCUUGAUUAUCCACAGCGCGGAAGAUCCUGUUCAUGUUCCGCUUGACAUUACACAAGCCGAAGUGUCCGAGUUCUCCUCUGAGUUCCAGUCACUCGCAGAACAGUUUGGCUCUUCUGAUUGUCAACUCAAGCUUGUCAGCAUCCUUCGCAAGCUUUGGAAUGAUAUCGUUGACCCCGUGGUGCAGGCUCUUAGGGAGUCAAAUAUUUGCCCCGGUUCGCGUAUCUGGUGGUGUCCAACUGCUGAAUUCACGCUGCUUCCUCUCCAUGCAGCAGGACCCUACGAGAAGAAGAAAAAAAAAUUGUCUGACAUUUACAUCUCCUCUUACACCCCCACUUUGGCGACUCUCAUUCGUGCGAGACAGCAGGUUUCUCGAUAUGCGUCCUCGCAACAUUUUGUUGCCAUCGGUCAAGGCAACCCGGUCAAAGGGAAGGAGCUCGAAUGUGUUGCUCCUGAACUAGCCGUCGUCGCUCAGCACGUUGCGCCCAUCGUGUCCUUCACGCUCCUCGAGGAGGGCAACGCAACAGUCGAGGGUGCACUCAAUGCACUCAAUCAUUAUCAGUGGCUCCAUCUCGCCUGCCAUGGAAUGCCGCAUCGGACACAACCAUUUGAGUCUUCCUUCGCCAUGCGUGACGGGCCAUUGAUGAUCAAGGAUAUCAUCCGAUCAGACUGGCAGAAUCAAGAGUUUGCAUUCUUAUCGGCUUGCCACACUACUGUGGGCGAUGAGAAGAGUCCCGACGAGUCGAUUCAUCUUGCUGCGGCUAUGCAAUUCUGCGGAUUUCGCAGUGUCAUAGGUUCGAUGUGGUCUGUCGAUGAUGAUGUUGCACGCCAGUUUGUGUCUGCUUUUUAUGGCCACAUGAUUGAUGGUUCAGGGAGCUUGAACUGCACGCGGGCUGCAAUAGCGUUGCACAAGGCCGUGAAAUCGUUACGCAAGAUCAACAUUCCAUUAGAACAACGAAUUGUAUUUGUUCACAUAGGUAUCUAG